AAUAGAACCUUUGACUGAAUACACAAAGACAUAUCCCCCAAACUACUCUUCAAUUUAGUAUCUCUAAUACAGAAAAAUAAACUGCAGAUGAACUUCACAAUCACCAUUUUCAAGACUUUCUUGAAUUGGAGUUAUUGGUUUUAGUUUUUUUAUUUGCAUAUGUGGAUGUUAUUCAUAUGUUUUAGUUGUUAAGUUGUGUUCAAAUCUAGCAUGCGGUAUUUCACCUUCUAUAUAUAUUUUUUUAUUUCUUUGUAUUGUUGAGUAGAUCAUGAGGAAUUAAUGUACACUUUUAGCUUACGAGAAAUGGAUAGGACCUUCCCUCUGAUCCUAUAUUGGUUUAUUUUUGGGUUCUUUAAUCCGUUAAGGGUUUACGGGAAUGCUGAAGUUGAUGCAUUGAAUGCCCUAAAGACACAAUUACAGGAUCCUAAUAAUGUUUUGCAAAGUUGGAAUAUAACCCAAGUCAAUCCAUGCGGGUGGUCUUAUAUUACUUGUAACACUGAGAAACGUGUUACUCAAAUUGAUCUUGGAAACGCAUGUUUGUCUGGUCAACUUGUUCCACAGCUUGGUCAACUUAGCAACUUACAGUACUUGCAUCUUUACAGUAAUAACUUCAGUGGAAGAAUUCCUGAUGAGAUUGGGAACUUAACGAACUUGUUGGGCUUGAAACUUUACCGGAAUCGUUUAGAAGGUGCCAUUCCAGAUACAUUGGGCAACCUUCAGAAACUUCGUUUCCUUCAUCUCGGUAACAACAGUUUGACAGGAACUAUUCCAUAUUCGUUAACUACUAUUGUUUCGCUACAACUAAUUGAUCUGUCAAACAACUUCUUGAUAGGAACUGUCCCUUCCAAUGGCUCCUUUUCACGGUUCACAGCUAUCAGUUUUUACAAUAAUCCCCAGUUGAGGUGGCCGCUUGAGGCAUCUGCACAAUAUCCAUAUUCACUUCCAUCUAAUUCUCAAUCUCCUUCAGUAGGAUACAAUUACAACGUCAUCAAAGCUAUUGCUGAAGGAGUUGCUGUUGGUGUUGCUCUAGUUUUUCUAUAUCAGGCAAUUGCACUUGUUUGGCAGGGGUGCAGAUACCAACAAGAUCAUUUCACUGAUGUGCCUGCUGAAGAGGACCCGGGAGUUCAUCUGAAACAACUGAUCAAGAGGUUUUCUUUGCAUGAACUACAAGUUGCAACAAAUAACUUUAAUGAAAAAAACAUUCUUGGCCGAGGUGCAUUUGGAAAAGUUUACAAAGGACGGUUAGCUGAUGGUGCUCUGGUGGCUGUAAAAAGACUGAUAGAUGGUGUUAAAGGUGGCGAAUUGCAGUUUCAAAUGGAGGUUGAAAUGAUAAGCAUCGCGGUGCACCGGAAUCUGCUUCGGCUGCAAGGGUUUUGUAUGACUCCAACUGAACGAUUGCUUGUUUAUCCCUUCAUGGUCAAUGGUAGUGUUGCAUCGUGUCUACGAGAUCGACCUCUUGAUUGGCCAACAAGGAAACGAAUUGCACUGGGAUCCGCAAGGGGGCUGGCUUAUUUGCAUGAGCAUUGUGACCCUAAGAUCAUUCACCAUGAUGUAAAAGCUGCAAAUAUACUGUUGGAUGAGGAGUUUGAAGCUGUGGUAGGAGACUUUGGGUUGGCCAAACUUAUGGACUACAAUGAUACUCAUGUUACAACAGGUGUUCGUGGUACAAUUGGACACAUUGCCCCCGAGUAUAUAUCCACCCGGCGAUCUUCAGAAAAAUCGGAUGUAUUUGGGUAUGGUGUGAUGCUUCUAGAACUCGUCACAGGGCAACGUGCCUAUGAUCUUGGGCGCCUCGCCAAUGAUGACGAGGUCAUGUUGCUUGAUUGGGUGAAAGGACUUUUGGGGGAAAAUAAGAUGGAGAUAUUGGUGGAUGUGGAAGGUAAUUAUCUGCAAGAUGUUGUGGAAGAGUUGAUACAGAUAGCUUUAUUGUGCACACAAGUGAUACCACUCGAGAGACCAAAAAUGUCAGAAGUUGUAAAAAUGCUUGAAGGUGAUGGUUUAGAAGAGAGAUGGGAGGAGUGGCAGAAAGAGGAGAUUUAUCGGCAAGAGUUUAGGCACAUGCAUGUACGGAAUAAGCAAGAUUCAUCUUACAACCCUAGCAACGAUCGUUUGUCGGGUCCAAGAUGAUCUAAGGGCCUUUUGUUUGUCAUUAUGCAUUUUUUUAUAACUCUUACGAGUCAUGUUACGAGACUAUGCCUAGGUUGGUAGAUCAUUGUGUUGUGAAUUUUCAAAAAUAUAUAAAAACCAUAUGGUCAUGUUGUGUAAAAA